AAUGUCCAAACGCACAUUCUUUCAUUGUUAUUGUUAUUUUUUAAUGUAUCAAGUAUUUAAUUAUUGUAUUUGAUUCAUAAUGAUGUAUAAUAGGAUAUCAAAUUUAUUUCGAUCAUUGGUCGUGUACCGCACGUCACGUUAGGUUAGUUUACAAUUAUCCUUACGCACUUGCUGUGCAACAAUAUUUUAUGAUUUUCGUAUCAGGAAAUUUAUGCCAAAGAGUGUUAAGAAAUCAAUUUUAUGUCGUUACUUUCAGGAAUUGACAAUACGCAUGUUAUUAUUAUUUCGCCUAGGUACUUUUGAAUUCAUAGGUUGCUCUUGUGUUCUUUGUGUUUAUUGACAAAUUUGAUGCAAGAGAUAAUGAAUAAGACCGAUUUUUUAACGUGCCUUUAAAGUAUUCUUCUAUUAAAUGUUAAAUGGUGGUCGUAUGAAACUGUAUUAUAUAACUGAGAUAAGAUAGUGAUGAUAAGAACUUGGAGUCCACUUUACAAGUCUCUGAAAUCUUGUUCAAUACAAGAAGUUUUGAAGUAUAAGAGGAACAAUAAUCUCAUACUUUGUAGAAAUUCUUGGACUGAAAACCUGUACAAAUUCUCUGUAGACUCGAGAUUUUAUAGUACAGUGUCGAUUACUCAGUCUACAGAAUUUAGCAUGAGCUCGUUUAAGCUUCUGGAUUACGAUUGUAUUGGAUUUGAUUUAGACAAUACACUUCUACGUUACAAUGUAACAAACUUAGCUCAUUUAGUAUAUGAAAUUUUGGCUGACUAUCUGAUAAAAGAAAAAGGCUACGAUUCAAAAUAUUUGUCGCUGCCAUUAGAAGACAAGGAUUUAGACUUUAUGCAAAAAGGAUUGCUCUUAGAUUCUGAGAGGGGAAACAUACUGAGGAUAAAUGCUGAUGGUAUAAUUCAGCGAGCAUGUCAUGGAACUAAUUUGUUGAGCAUUGAAAAUAUCAAAGAGAUAUAUCCCGGACAGAGAUGGGAAGUAACAGAUGCUUUUUGCUAUGACAUGCUAUCGACAUGGAAUGGCCCUAUGUCGAUGCAACUGAGAAGUUUAUUAGAUUACUUUGAUGUUUCUACAGCUCUGAUUUUUGCAAGACUAAUAGACACUCUUGACGAUCAACACGGAGGACCUUUGAAUUCGUAUAAUGUUUGGCCUGACAUGUUAGAAGGGUUGGUCGAAAUGUAUAACAAGGAUCAUUUUAAGUUGGACAAGGGGCAAUUUUUUCCUGCUUUAAAAACCAGUCCUGAGAAAUACAUGUAUAAAUGUACAACAAGGACCAUAUCUUGGUUAAAGGAAUUAAGAAAACAUCGUGUUACUUUCCUUCUCACUGGGUCAAACGCCGAUUUUGUUAACUUCACUGCUUCAUACGCUCUUGGAGAAGAUUGGAAAUCUCUUUUUGAUAUUAAUAUUUGUUUUGCGAAAAAACCUGGAUUUUUUACUGAAAAUCGUCCGUUCCUUCAAGUUAAUAAUUUUGAAGAAGGUGCUGCGAUAGAAAGUAAAGAUUUAAAACGAGGAGAGAUAUAUAGUCAAGGUAAUUGGAAAGGGCUCACCGAAUUUCUUGGAUAUAUGUCUGAAAAGGAAAAUCCCCGUUGUUUAUAUGUCGGUGAUAAUCUUGUGCAAGACAUUUAUGCACCGAAUUCAUUUGUACAAUGCGACACAAUAACAGUUAGUGAGGAGCAAAUGUCUGAAGGGAUGGUUCACCAAAAACUUUCACAUCAAGAUGAGAAAGUAUUGAAUUCAACAUUUUGGGGUUCCUACUUCUGUUUAAAAGAUUCAACAAUUAACAAGGAUUCCUUAUGGGGACAUGUUAUUAAGAAAUACUCGAUACGUAUUAUACCAGCUAUCAAGGAACAGUUGCAACAAUUGUUAAGGCCUAAGAAGGAUUUCGAAAGUAGUAAAAAUAUAUGGAGAAUGAAACGCAUUGAACAAAAGCAACAAGAAGGGCUAGCAGCGGUGAAGAAAAUUUUAGAAGAUAGAAAAGAAGCUGAAUUAAGUAAGAACGAAAAUGAAACUGAUUAAAAACUGAUUUUUGUAAGAUAUUUAUUCACAAUUCGAUAUUUGAUGUAUAAAAAUAAUUUCUAUACAAACAUGCAUUGCACAAAAUACUGUACAAGUUUAAUGUAAAAAUGAUUGCUUUGUACAAAUUGUAAGUACAAUUGUCAAAUAUACUGUCAAAAAUUGAUACAUAAACAAAUAUAAAUAAAAUACGUCCAUUCUAUUACAUCUGUUAGCACUUUGCUAUAAUAAUAAUAAUACAAAACAAACUCUAUUAUAGUUGUAUGUUCUCAACAUACUGCUACAGUUUUUUAAAUUUUUGAUAACAAUAUUAAUUAGUCUUUAUUAUAAUAAUAUAAAAAUGUUUAAUCACUCAAC